AUGAAUGAGUGCUUGGAUCGUGGAAGUUGUAGUCCCACUCAGGAAGAGAUGUGUCUUGUUGUUGAUGCUGUAGAACGGACAGUCAAAUUGGUGCAAAUUGGUGACUGCAGCAAUUCGAAGUACUGUCUACUGCAGAAAUUAUCAGAAAAGCAGUUGAAAACUUUUGGCAUUCUUUUGGCAGAGUCAGAAUUAGAGGAUGACGAUUAUAUACAUUGUGAUCUUUGCGGAGUUUACUAUCGAGCAUCAUGUCGACUGCAUCCGCUGUUUAUUGUUAGUGAUAGAGAAGUACGCGAGGACAAUAAGCCAAGAGCGGAACAAACUUUACCUGCUUUUUUUGAAAUUAAAACUUCCAAAAUUCCGAAAGCAGGAUUGGGCGUUUUUGCAAAAAUGGACAUACCAAUAGGAUUAGUAUUUGGUCCAUAUCAAGGAAUAUUGUUAUCUGAUCCGAAGAAAGCCGAUCAGAAUGGUUAUUCGUGGGAAAUUCGUAUCAGUGGGAAACCAUCACAAUAUAUUGACGGCAGUGAUCCAAGAUAUUCCAACUGGAUGCGUUACAUAAAUAGUUCUAGAUUUGAGAACGAACAAAAUCUGAUUGCUUUCCAAUACAAUGGUUCAGUUUAUUAUCGCGUCUUCAGACCGAUUAGUGAAGGGAUCGAACUUCUAGUGUGGUAUGGAAACAAAUACGGUGAAAGUUUGGGUGUACUUAGUGUAACACAAAGGCAUAAAAUUCCGCUGGAGAAGAAUCCUUACAUCUUUGGUUGA